AUGGACUCAGGCUUGACUCUGCAGGUCACAUUGGCGUCUCAGGUCCCAACCAUCGGGGCACAGCAACCACCCGCUAUUCAUAUCACAGCAUCGGUCUACAAUGCUGCUGACUUUCCCGUUACCUUUCUCAGAUGGGCUACCCCAUUAGACCCCCAAGCCGGCGUGCUAGGGAUCUUUGAGGUUCGGGAUAUAGCAACGCAUCGGACAAUGCCCGUUCCUAUUAUAAAGAUAUCACGCAAACUCCCUGCCUCUAGGGAUGAUUUAGUGGAAAUACUUCCACGCCAAACCCUGCAAACUACAAUCAAUUUGCCUACAAUGACCCUUGACAAGGGAAAUGAAUAUUCUAUUCGUGCACGAGGAGUUUGGCACGCUGUGUGGCCUACCGAGUCAGUGAAUGUCACCACAUCGCAGCUGGAGAAUAUUAAGGGUGCAAGUCGUGGGGAAUUUCUUUCGAAUGAAUCGCAUGUGAGGAUUCAGUAA